AUGGCGAGCGAUCCGAGAUUGGGCGUGACGCCCACCAUGUCCAACGAUCCGCCGACACCCAAAGAUCUCAAGCUCGACGAUGCGCUGCUGCAAGAGUUGAAGUCGCGGAAUGAGUUUGAGGCGCAAGAGGAGACGCAGAGAAGACGGACCGUGCUGGAAAGACUAGAGAAAGUACUGAAGCGGCUCGUUGUGCUGGUCGGCAAGCAGAGGGGACUACCUCAGGGCAUCCUCAGCGAAGCCGGCGGGAAGAUCUUCACCUUCGGCAGCUUCGAGCUGGGUGUAUACGGCCCAAAGUCCGAUAUUGACACGCUCAUGCUCGCUCCAAAACACGUCAACAGAGACCACUUCUUUGAGCACAUUCCAGGCCUGCUCAAGAAGGAGUUCAAGCCAGAGGAGAUGACCGAGCUCACACCAGUUCCAGGGAUCAGUGUGCCAAUCAUUAAGCUGGACCUUUGCGGUGUCUCGGUGGAUCUGAUCUUCUGCAGCUUGCAGCUCUCCUCCGUGCCUAAGAAUCAGGAGCUCAACGAUCUCAACCUGCUUCGUGGUCUUAAUGAGACAGAUCUGCGGUGUGUGAACGGUACACGAGUGACCCGCCGGAUCCUGGACCUGGUUCCUCAGACGAAAGUGUUCCGGAUGGCACUGCGUGCCGUGAAGCUGUGGGCCAAGCAGCGUGCGCUUUACGGCAACAUCGUCGGCUAUCCCGGGGGUGUCGCAUAUGCCAUGAUGGUUGCUCGCAUCUGCCAGCUCUACCCAAGAGCAGCGGCUCCCAACAUCAUCCUCAAGUUCUUCUUCUUGAUGCGAAAGUGGAACUGGCCCAAUCCGGUCCUGCUUCAGAACCAUGAGGAUGCGCCUCUGACGCUCCGUGAAUGGGAUCCUGCAGUUUACCCGGGCGACAAGCGACAUCUCAUGCCGGUCAUCACCCCAGCUUACCCUCGCAUGAACGCUUGCCAUACCAUCGGCCCAUCUACCAGAAAGGUUCUCAUGCGAGAGAUGGAGCGUGCCGAAACCAUUGUGAGAAGCAUCUACGACAACAAUCGCCCAUGGAAGGAUCUUUUCCAGCGCCACAACUUCUUUACUGAUGCCUACAAGCACUACAUCUGCGUCAUCACCGCGGGCAAGACGAAGGAAGCGCAACAAGCCUGGUCUGGCCUUGUUGAGUCGAAGGUCAAGUGGCUCAUCGCUGGUAUUGAGGUGUCGGAUGCUAAGAGCGUUGAGCUUGUGCAGCCUUUCAACAAAGGCUUCCUCCGUGUUCACGAAUGCAAGAACGACGAAGAGAUGAACAAGACGCUCGAAGGAAGUCUGGACUGCCAAGUCAAGGAGAUCAAGACGGAGACCACCGAGCAGGCCAACGAUAUCGUGGUUCAGUCCGCAGCGCAGACGGAAGCAGAUGGUCAGCACGUCCCUGAAACUAACGGCGCAGCACCAGCGGAGACGAACGGGACUCGAAUGAUCUGGACCACUACAUUUUACAUGGGCAUUGGGUUGACGAAAGGUGCGGCCUCUCUGGACAUCUCAAAUCCAAUUCAGGAUUUCAGGCGUACUUGCAUGGACUGGCCAAACUACAACCCCGAACUGCAUUCGAUUCGUGUCAAGCACAUGCGCAACUACGAUCUCCCAGCCGACGUCUUCGUAGACGGCGAAACGCGGCCGACACGCGUUAAAAAGGCGAAGGCGGCUCCGAAGCCUGAAGACGCGGCGGCUAACAAGCGCAGCUUCUCCAGCACGGGCUUGGACGAUAACCAUGAUCCAGCUAAGCGCCGUCAGUCGGCCAACGGGCCAAGCUCAGCCGCGAGACCUAACGGAGUGACCGGCAUGAAUAAUACGGGUGGCUGA